AUGACUUCCAGCGGACUGCUUUUGUCGCCCUUCAGGCAGGUCGCCUUGAUGCUGACCUUGUCCUUGUCGGCAUUCAGCGCAAAUUACGUCGCCGCCGCUCACCUCAUUGCCCUCUUCGAGGUGGCAGAAGCGUUUCAUGUGUCCCUGAAAGCGUCGGCCGACACGAUUGGCUUUGGUCUUUUGGGACUUGGCACCGCGCCCUUUCUCUGGAAUCCGCUGAGUGCGGUGAUUGGAAAGCGGACUACAUAUCUGUUGGCCUGGUUCCUUUUCCUUCUAAUGACCAUCUGGAUUGCGUUGUCGACAUCCUACGCCAGCUUCUCUGCCGCGCGCUUCUUUGCUGCGUUCACUGGAGGCGUGGCCCAAUCGCUACCAGCCAUAUUUAUUGCUGAGAGGAUUGCGGAGCGCUGGAGAGGCUCGGCUGUAGCUUGCUGGACUCUCUUUAUGAUUGGCGCGGCAACUGGAUCACCGGUAAUUGGCGCUGCGUUCCUCACCAGAGUCGGCUGGAGGUGGUUAUACUACUUUACGAUUAUCCUGGUCGGAUUCAAUGGUUUCCUCCUCUGGAUUUUUCUCCCUCGAUCGACGGUGGCAAAGGCACGAAUUCGAGAUACGGAGACGAAGCACUUCGAUGCGGAAAACGUCUUCGAAGAGAAGUCAAUGUUCGAGCCGUCCUGCCAGACAACCAGCGUGAGCGCAGACCACACGGCCCCAUCUCGGAAAGAGCGAGUCAUGGUUGCGAUCGCGAAGAAUUCCCGCGUGUUUUUGCGCCAAGCGAUUCGCCCUCUUCGCAUGCUCCUCGACCCUACCGUCGUGCUCGUGUCGCUCUACUGCGCCAUGCUCUUUGGAUGGGCCGUCGGUGUCACACUGAUCGUUCCCGAGGUUUACGAACUACCACCCUACAAUUAUUCGAAGCUAGCAGUCGGCGGUUUCUCUGGUGCAGGUGUCGUGGGACUCGUCAUAGGUAAAUUCGCUGGCGGAUACUUGGCCGAUGUCUAUGCGAUCUAUAAGCAAAGGCAAAGCGGACAGUACAUUCGCGAGCAACGUCUUUGGGCUUGCGUUCCUCACUUUUUGCUCUACGGGCUCGGUCUUCUCAUUUUCGGAAUUGGCUUACAAAAUCACUGGCCUUGGCCUGCGCCCAUCAUUGCUGGUUUUGGAGUCCUCGCAUUUUCUCUCGUGGCCGCUCUCGGAAUCUUGCAGACUUACAUGAUCGAGUGCAACUUGGAAGCAACGAUCGAGUGCAUGGCCAUUUUCAACUUUGCAAAGAACACGUUUGCCUUUGCCUGCCCCUUUUUUCUCCCUGGCUGGGCUUUUUCAGGCUUCACGAAAGCCUAUGUAGUCCAGGCUGUCCUAUCCGUCUUCUUGGGUCUCCUCCUCUGUACUUUCCUCCUUUUUAGAGGGAGGACGGUCACACGAAGAGACUCAUGA